UGUCUACGGUAGUGCAUGCUGGGGGCUGUAGUUUCUGUGACUACUUCGUAUGUUUUUUUUUUGCUCCGUAACAGAUACUUAGCGCCUCCAGCAGGGAGAGGACCGGGCGGUGCUGUGUGGUGCUAGAACCAGGAGAGUGAGCCGCACAAGAGGAUGUUUCGCCUUCGCUUCAUACCAGCAGUAUCAGGGCUGGCAGCUGUCUCUCGCCGAUACCAUGGGGCGACUAAUCCUGCCAGGAGCAGACGGAGGCUCAUGCUGGCAGCCCUUGUGGGAGCAACCGCUGUGUCUGCAAGUGCUGGGCUGCUGUGGAAGAGAGCUAACGCAGAAGCACAAGUAAAACACAACUUGAGACAAGAGUCCGGCAGAAAAGAGAAAGAGGACGAGGAGAGCCUAGAGGACCAGGUUGUAGAGUCAAGUGAUGAAGAACAGCAGCCAGAAGCAAAAAAGAAGAAACCACGGACUGGCUUCAGGGAUCGGAAGGUGAUGGAAUAUGAGAACAGAAUCAGGGCCUAUUCCACGCCAGACAAAAUCUUCCGAUACUUUGCGACUCUGAAAGUGAUCCACGAGACCGGAGAGUCUGAGGUGUUUAUGACCCCACAGGACUUUGUAAGGUCAAUCACACCCAACGAGAAACAGCCUGAAAAUCUGGGCCUGGAUCAGUUUAUUAUUAAGCGAUAUGACGGAAAGGAUUUCUGGCAGAAAAUUUCACAAGAACGAGAAAAAUUUGCAGAUGAGGACAGUAUCUUCUACACAUUGGGGGAAUGUGGACUGAUCUCUUUUUCUGAUUAUAUUUUCCUGACUACAGUGCUUUCUACUCCGCAGAGAAACUUUGAAAUUGCAUUCAAGAUGUUUGACCUAAAUGGAGAUGGGGAAGUUGACAUGGAAGAGUUUGAGCAGGUUCAGAGCAUCAUACGGUCUCAGACUAGCAUGGGCAUGCGCCACCGUGACCGCUCCACCACUGGCAACACGCUAAAGACUGGCUUUAGCUCAGCUCUCACCACGUACUUCUUUGGUGCGGAUCUCAAGGGCAAACUGACGAUCAAGAACUUUCUAGAGUUUCAGCGUAAACUCCAGCAUGAUGUACUGAAGCUAGAGUUUGAACGUCAUGAUCCAGUUGACGGGCGAAUCACUGAGCGGCAGUUCGGCAGUAUGCUCCUAGCGUACAGUGGUGUGCAGUCAAAAAAACUCACUCUUAUGCUGAAGCAACUAAAGAAGCGCUUUAAAGAUGCCGAGGGACUUACAUUUGAGGAGGUUGAAAACUUCUUUACUUUCUUGAAGAACAUUAAUGAUGUUGACACCGCUCUCAGUUUUUAUCACAUGGCUGGCGCUUCGCUGGAUAAAGUUACAAUGCAGCAAGUUGCCAGGACGGUGGCAAAAGUGGAGCUGUCAGACCAUGUGUGUGAUGUCGUCUUUGCCCUUUUUGACUGUGAUGGAAACGGGGAGCUCAGUAACAAGGAAUUCAUUGCCAUCAUGAAGCAACGUCUGAUGAGAGGUCUGGAGAAGCCAAAAGACAUGGGGUUCACACGACUGAUGCGGGCAAUGUGGAAAUGUGCACAGGAAACUGCCUGGGACUUUGCCGUACCCAAACCGUAACUUGAGACUCCAAAGAAUUAUUGGUGCUGUGAACUGGCGUGCAGCAAAUGCACAUCCCUGUAGGCCUGUUCCCUGCUUGCAAACUCCAUGGUUAUCCUGUAGUAUUAAACAAUAUGGGUCCUCUAUGUAUCUGGCUGCACCCAACCGUGUGCUGUAAGUGCCCAUGCGUUCCCUUGCUGAUAGUCAUAGCUCUGUCCGUAGUUAAUAGACAGACAGCUGGACAUUUGUUACAACAAUAUAGUUGGGGCCAAACAAGUUUAAAGUGACUCCAUGUUUAUAGCACCAAUGUGUUUAAUUCGAUUAGAAAAUGAAUCUAUUUUAAUAUUUGUUACAAAUGUUUUUGUUUUAAUCACGUUUGCUGUAUAACGCACAUCACUGUCUUCAGUUAAUUUAACAAGAUUAUAAUUCAGAUUUAUUUCAUGCCUGUAAAGGGGUUGGGAGCCAAAUGUUUUGCUUGGCUAUUGUAAAUAACAAUAAAGCUAUUUUGUUCAAAUCAA